AUCAAUCAAUCAAUCAAUCAAUCAUUUAUAAUGCCAAAGAAUACGUUAUACGUCACUGGUUUCAACAAAGAUACCAAGGCUGCUGAUUUAGCUCCUGACUUCGAACAAUAUGGAGAUUUAGUAAGAUUAGAUAUCCCACCUCCAAGAACUGAUGAUGGUGAAAAAUAUGCUUUUGUAGAAUAUAAAGAUUAUGAAAGUAUGGAAAAAGCCUUAGAUUUAGAUGGUAAAACCUUACCAUACUCUUUAAAAGAUGGUUUAGUGGUUCAAAUUGCUAGAAGUGAUCCUUAUGCCGUUAGAGCUCCAAGAGGUGCAUUCAGAGGUGGUUAUGCUCCAAGAGGAGGAUAUGGUGACCGUGGAUACGCUCCAAGAGGUGGAUACGGUUAUGCACCAAGAGGUGGUCGUGGUGGAUAUGAAGGUGGCCGUGGAGGUUACGGUGAUUACAGAGGUGGUCGUGGUGGAUAUGAAGGUGGUCGUGGUGGAUAUAGUGGAAGUCGUGGUGGAUAUGGCGAUUACAGAGGUGGUCGUGGUGGAUACCGUGAUGACCGUGGAAGAGAUGGUGAUGAUCGUAGUAGAGAAGGUGAAGAUCGUGGUUCAAGUGAAAGAAAACCAUAUUCCAGAUCUCCAUCUAGAUCUCCAAGUAGAAGAGAUAGAUCCAGAUCUCCAGAACGUUUUUAAAAUGUUCAAUCCUCGUCUUUCUGCUCCUUUUUAAAAUGUUCAAUCCUCGUCUUUCUGCUCCUUUUUAAAAUAAAACUUAAUAAAAGAGUAUAUAGUUGUAUAAAAUAACAAAGAAGAAGGUUAAUCGUUU